AUGGACGGUUCUGAGACAGAGCUUGUGACGAUAUCUUUCGGGAAGCUCCUGGAAUACUACAUGCAAUACCCCCCGGCAACCAUUUCAGUGGAAGCCAGCAGGAUUGAUGAAGGGCGCUUGAAACCCGAGAGAGCCUACCAGCUUCAAGAGCAGCUGAAGAAAACCGACGAUAGGGAGUGGUCAAAGGCGUUUUAUCUGUUGCAAAAGCGUUCGCCCGACGAUGAGGAAACGCCUCAAAUCCAACUUCAACGGAUCCAAGCCUUCUUUACCGAAAUUAGGCCUGGGCCAAGCAUCUUUGGAUACGGGAUUAUUUACAGAGAUUUGAUACACUACUGGGGGGUUGAGUUCAAGUGGGACUCCGAACCUGAAAUCAAACCGCUUGACAUGCUCACGGAUGUCAAAAAGUUGUUCAGAGCAUCCUUGUCGGCUGAGGUCCUUGAGGUCAAUUUCCAACUUCUAUACCACGAAUUUCUGCCGCCUUCUCCCCGCGCUCCUUCAGAGUAA